AUGAGGGCCUACUGGUAUGACAACAAGCAGGGCGACCAACGCGCCGCCCACGACUCCGGCCGCGCAGUCGAUCCGUCUUAUCUCGAGAAUAUUGGUGUUCUGUACUACAAAUGCGAUCUACCCGAAGUGAACGCCAUAGCGGGGUCGCGGGGCUAUAAAAACAGAGACGAGAUCACUGUUUCCCCAGAAAAAAUGGGUGAUGUUUUUGAGGAGAAAGUCAAGAUGUUCUUCAACGAACAUCUGCAUGAAGACGAAGAGAUUAGAUAUAUUCUUGAUGGCGAGGGCUACUUUGAUGUGCGAAGCCGGGGUGAUGAGUGGGUGCGAAUCUUGGUGGAAAAGGACGAUCUACUCAUCUUGCCAGCCGGCAUCUAUCAUCGCUUCACGACUAAAGAAAGCAAUUAUAUUAAAGCCCUGCGAUUGUUCCAGGAUGAACCAAAGUGGACACCCUUGAACCGGAGCCCUCAGGUCGACGAUAAUGAGUAUCGCAAGAAAUACGUUGAAUCUCUGCCCCUUGCUGCGUAG